CUUGAAGGGGCGGUGCGUUUUGUGACCGAAAGAAGGAAACGGUAGCAAGGGAAGACGGACGACUGUUGUAGUCGGAGGGAAAACAACAGUUUGAUCUCUGGUGAGUAGAAAACGGCACUUUCUCUGCUCUGUAUCUGAUCUGUUCGUAUGGAAAACCUUAACGUUGAACUUAUAUAGCAGAAGAAUAACAGGUGUGAUGGCUGAUGCAGCCAAGAUCAAGGCAACUGCAGCCAAGGUGCUGUGCUGUGUGGAGAAGGUGUCAUCUUUUGCAUCCUCCAUCGACCCCCUUUUCGGCAUUGUCUCCUCUCUGGUGGGUGUAGCUCGCAAAGGCCUGCUUGAUGAGGAAGGCCACCCUAUGGACAAGGACUUCCAAGCCGUCCAUACAAAGCUGGAGAGCAUCUCACAUAAGAACCAAAUGUGCUUGAGGAAAAUCCGCAUCGACGAGGUGAUUGAGACCUACGGCAGGUAUGAGGAGUGCAUCAAGCACCAGUACGCCGCCUUUAACGACAUGGUGGCCAAGGUGAAGAAAGAUCCAGACCAAACUCAACACUACAUGGACACCUUUGAGAAGAUAUAUGAAAGGGACAAGAGUGAAAUGAGCCUGGAUGUGUACUACCGUGGUGUAAUGGGAAUAAACACACUCUUUGGAAGACCUCUACUCAAAGUGUACCUGGACAACUGUGAUGGUGACCGGGAGAUCAUGGAACAUCGCUGUUCACACAUUGCCCACCUCUUUCACAUGGGACUCAUCGCACUCAUGGCCUACACAGCUGUCACAGAGGACGAUGAAGACGAGGUGAGAGAGAAGUGGUCUAAGAGAGUGGAGGACAUCCAGCAGAAGAUGCAGGAGGUGCUCAGUCAAUGCAAAGACAAGAAGACAUGAGCAUAGACCAGACUGAAAUAGGACCAAAUAUAUUAUGAAUAUAUAAACGUAAAUAUGUAACAAAAUGUUUUGUUUUUAUCAUUUGAGUUGCAUCAGAUUUUCUUAUUCCAGUAGUUGAAGUUGUUAUAUACUAACUGCAUGUUUUAUAUGUGCCAAAGAAAUUACAGUUUCAGUUGCUAACAGACAAAUACAUGCUGUUUUUUUACCUUCAGUCCAAAUAAAUCAAAUUGUACACUUUGUGCGAAAAUCUAUCAAUAUUAAAGCCACAAAUGAAUAAUGUU